UCGCUACAGUCAGUCCCGCUCUCAUCUCUUGCUGAGGUGUUACUCUAGGCAGCUAAAUACCUGCUUAAAUCUGCAUUUUAUUGGACCAUUUUGACACACAUUUCCGUGUGACAUCUCGGGGCCGCUGACGUUAUGAAGGGAAUCAGGCUUGCCGUGGUUUUCUUGGUGCUUUUCGUAUCUCUACUGUGUGCAGCCGAGGCGGCCAGGAGCAGGAAAGACUCCAGCACCCAGAACAGCUUCCGACGGGCGGCCAACGGCAUCUACCAGACCCUGAGCAAUGUGUUUGGUGAGGACAACAUUAGGGGCUUGUACAAGUUCUUCUCAAAGACAACAGAGCGAUUUGUCCAUGGAGUGGACUCUUUCCUCGACACCAUCUGGAAGAUUUGGACAGAUCUGCUGGAUGUGAUGGGCAUUGAUUCCUCCAACCUGAGCCACUACUUCAGCCCCACAUCCCUCAUGAACUCCCCAGCACGUGCCCUGCUCCUAGUCGCCGCCAUACUCUUGGCCUACUGGUUCCUCUCCUUGUUCCUGGGGGGUUUCUUUUACCUACUGCAUGCCGUCUUCGGCCGGUUCUUCUGGCUGGCGCGCGUCGCCCUCUUCGCCCUGUCCUGCCUCUACAUCCUGCAGAAGUUCGAGGGUGACCCCGAGCGUGCGGUGCUGCCGCUGUGCUUCAUCAUGGCGGUGUACUUCAUGACAGGGCCCGUGGGAGCAUACUGGCGCCGGGGAGGCGGGUCAGGCUCACUGGAAGAGAAAAUCGACCACCUGGACACUCAGAUCAGGCUGCUCAACAUCAGGCUGAGCCGUGUCAUAGACAGCCUGGAGCACACCGGGGAUCAGUAGGUGGAAGCGAGGAAUAGAGGGGGCUGGGAGGGAGGGGUGAUACUUAUGAAGGGAUACUGUAGAACCAGCUGCGUUUGAUGUCAGAAAAUUGUUUCCUUCACGGAUCUGCAGCAACACAACAACUAGGUAUGUCAAACCUCUAUUGUGAGAUCUGGAGCAAAAGUAAAUUUCAAAAUACGUUGGUUGCUUGGUUUCAGUUACCAGACACCUGAAAAUCCUCCGAAACGUGGACAGUUCAGGUGUAACUUAUGAAAAUCAAGCACACCUACAUAUUUUGUUUCUUUGUGCAUUUUUUUUCCUUGACUCAAGUAUUUGUUGUGUCUGCAAAGAGGUAAUAAGAAAGGAAACGUCCCCAGUUUUUCUAAAUGCAGACCUGAUUCUAACUGCGUAGUCGGGGUUAGAAAUUUUUCUGGUAUUUGGAUAAGAAUUCCCAAGGUUUGUGCUUAAUGAAUGGGCAAAUUAGAUGUGUGCUUUAUUUUUAUCCUUGUGAAUAUCCUGGGGGUUAUGCAUUUAAAACAAUUUUGUCCACAAACAAUUUUUGCUUUUCCCUUUUGGAAACUAUUGAAGUAGGACGGGGGUUGGGUGUAUGAUGCAGGGGACAGAUUCAGACACUGUAUUUCUAAAUAUUUAAAAUCCAGUCAGUGCUCAAGAUGUUAGGUAAUUGUUCUUAAUAAGAUUUAUUUAUUGCAUUUUACUGUCCAAACAGUUGAAAUCAUGUAGAACUCUAGUCACUGUGUCAUUUAGUCACCAUUCCAUCGUAGCAAUAGCUGAUAUCAGGACCUCUUUUUCUUGUGUGUAUGAGUGUGCGAGCAAAUGCACAUGGGUGACAUACAUGAAUGUGAGCGCAUAUGCUUGCAGAACCUUGAGUGAUGUGUGUUUGUGCGUGUGUUCAUGUAUUUCAAGCUUGUUAAUGGGGAAAAAAAAGCACUGUAUAUUGUCGAGUCACCGUCAGAUUGAGAGAAAAUGCAGACAGGCGGCAGUAUCUCAGGGACAUAGCCAUGUAAUGUAUGAAAUUGGGAAAUAGAUACCAAGUGUAUCAAAACUCAUAUCAGUAAUUUAAAGCACUUAAUGAUAAAUGGGUGCACAGUGUCUACCCCCUACUCCUGCUUGAGUCAUAUCUCACCAUCUGUAAAUGGGUGGCACUGCAAGGUGCUGCCGUUAUGUACAGUAUCACAAGGGAAACUCCGUCCACUUUAGCCUGGUUUCACUGCAGGGCCAAACAGGGCUAGUGUGAGCAUUUUAGCCAUCAUAUAUGUCUCUUAAUCUUUUGAAAAUAACAGGUGGCUCUUUCUUCAUCUUGCUGCCAAAAUUCAUCGUCCUCAUACAGAGCUAGCAUGACUAUACCAUUGUACUGUUGGCAGAUGUAUCCAUGUUCAGACUGGGCACCAUCGCCACAUCAAACACAGAUGUAAAAGCACAGGCAUACUACCAUCACCAGUGGUCUAGAAACAUCACUGUCAGCUGCUUGAGUGAAUUCAACCUCAUGCCCGCACAUCUGACUUGGAGUCUGCCUUAACUCGUGUGCUGCUUUUUGCAAUUGGUAUUUUCCCGUGAGAUGGAAAUUGGAUCAAACUUCAUUAGAGUGUCAGAAAGUGAAGUCCAAGGCCUUUGUUGGUAGAAGUGUGAGCUGGUCAGUUUGAGCAUUGGUGCGUCUGGCAGCAACCCGGAUUCAAUCCCAGCUCGGGCCUUCGCUGCGUGACCGAGAUCACCCGCGGCGUUUACAUCACACCGUUUCCAAUCUUCAUGUAUGAAGAUUAUUUUUCAGAUCAGGUGUAAAUUAAGGAGUGAAUUCGCUGUUGUACAUUCUGUUAAAAUUUUUCAUGUGAGGUAACAGUGAAGGCUUUUACCAACAGUUUAAUCAUAUAUUUGCUACUAGCUUGACUGAUUAUUGUGGUACAGUGACAUAGUGCUUCAAACACACAGACGUGGUGUGAAUGGCUGUCCCCAACUGUAGUUUUUGAUGGGAAUUCUGCUGUUUUGAUCACUUCUGCCUUUUUUUUGUUUGUUGUUCUUUUUCUCUUGUCAUCAUGCACAGUUAUAAGGGAUUGGGUGCCUGCUUGCCUUUUUUCCCCCUCCCUUGUCCACUCACUUUGAUGUUCACCACAAAAUAUACAGCUCUGGAAAAUUAAUAGACCAUACACACAACACACCUUUUCAGUUUUAUAAUUUAUGGGUGUCUUUGUGAAAUCUAACUCGAAUUAAUGAACUACUGACCACAUUUUAUUGUAAUGCCAAGCAAAAAUCUCAGUCAGAACAGUGAUUUGUACAAAAUGACAGCCUAUAAAAUAUCAAAAAUAUACAAUCUGUAACUGUAUUUUGAAUAAUGCUAGAUAAAGAAGUUUACACCCAUUAAUAAUUCUUUAAAAAAUAACAUUGCCUUCUUAGGAAGGGGUCAGCAAUCAUUAUUUAGAGCGAGACUUUUCUUUAUUCUUUAUCACAGUUUUGAUGUGUCUUUCCAUGUUUAAUCAAUACCAAUCAGUAGUUCAUUAAAGUGAAUCAGGUGUGCUUUUGGUGGAGUUUAACAGGUAGACAUAAUGGCCGGGGUACCUUAGAGGUUUGGGAACCACUGCAAUGGGAAAAUACGGAUACUUUUUUUUUUUUUUUUUUAAAUAUGGCAUGGCAUCUUCAUUUUUUUCCAGAGCUGUAUAUAGUUUUUGUCACUUAUUCCCCUUUGCACUAAUUUUAGGAUGAUAAUGUAUUGAAUUGAUUUGUCAGAAUCUGGAUUAUGUAAAGUUAGUGUUGAGUUCAUUAAAAUAGAUGUUUUUAUACAAGUGACCCUAACGCUGUGUGAAUUAAAAUGAAUAAUGAUAAUAAUAAUAGUAAGUUGAUUUCAGUGUCUUGUCAAAUAGUUUGUCCACAAGCGCAGGACACUAACGUCCUUGUGAGAAUGUCAGUCAUGUUACAGGGUAAGUUAGCCGGGGCAGUCAGAUGUAGUGGUUGAAAUAGAUCCCACAGUGUGACACUACUAAGGCCAAAGAAACAAACAGUAUUUAACUUUACCCGUCGCCACUUGAGAUGACCGGCUCGCCAGCAAGAUGUUGAUUGUACAGUUUGUUGUGUUGAGGGCUGCAUUCCCCCCCACCGCUCACCGUUGUCAGCAGAACAAGGUUGCAGUGAUAAAUUUCAUCUUCACUGAAGGGUGGGAUCCUGCCGUGACACAGCACCAUAGUAGGCUAGCAUAGUUGAACACCAAAGCCACUGAUGGACAGAUUCCUAAAACAAGCACUAACUGUGUAUAUAUAUAUAUAUAAUGAUGAUCAUUUUUUAAAAAAAUCAACCAUGGUGAAAUGGCUUAGAGUCAGCUGUCAUGUGUUUCGUAGUGCGACCACUGGGGGACACUGCACUGCUGAUGACAGGCCCUCCCCAUGGCUAAGCUCAUAUUGUCUUGCCUUCAGUGUUUUCCUUGAUCUAAUGUUGUAGGCUGUCGGGCUAGUCAACAAAAUGUGUGUUGAGAAAUUUGAAUGCAUCCUCUUCAUUUGUGUAGACUGUGUGUAAUCCUCUCGAUUUUAAAAGAUUAUCUCAUUGAAUAAAAAUAUAGCCAGUUUUUCCUCUGCUGUAUUUUCCAAGUAGCUAGUUUCUGGCUGUAUAGCCAAAAAAAUUGGAUUUUCCUGCAUGCCAUAUGUACUAUGUUUUUGUAUGCAUAAUUGUUAUAUUCUAUAUACUUUUCAAACAGUAACUUUUUUUAUCUUGUCAUGCUCUGCUGAUUGUGAGCAUUUGAAUGUUUAGUUGAUCAUUUAACUAGUAAUUCAUGAUAAUGGGGACUGUGUGAAUAUAUAUUUCUGUAUGACUGGAAGUAACAUUUGCACUGAUUACUGUACUGUAUAAACCAAAUUAUCACUCUCGCUGAGGGCAGGUUCACGCUACAAGACUUCAGUCCCCAGCAGCAGAAAUCAAUGCAAAUCCCAUCACUGUUUUUCAGAGUGUUCUCACCUCCAAGCUGUGUUAUCCCUCCAGUGACCUUGGCAAGCAGUUUGAACAUUUUAGAGCAGUCUUUCAAGCUAGGCAAAUCAUCGACUUGCUCGGCAAAUAGGAACAGAUGCAACAAUAAGAAAAGUUUGUUGUAAAACAUAUAAAUGUGUGGGAAAGAGGCCACUAUAGAUUCGAAAAAAGGUCAAAAGUCAAGCGUUCCCUGGAUGUUUCAAUAAUAUCAGGCCUUCAUCAGGGUGGAGGUGCAGGAAAAGUAGAAAUUAAUUUUUGCCAAUUGAAACCAGUCAUUCCAAACAUGUGCCCUGAUGUCCCACCUCACACUGGAAACUUAUUUUAAUUGGAAUUGUUUCCAGUGGGCAGAAUUAUAUAUCACAUUCACAGAAUUAUAUAUCAUAUCUGUUAAUCUUUGAGUUUGUCAGUUGUGUGCCAAGCUUGUUAAAGAAGAUCUUUUACAAUUUGGCUCCUCUGGCCGCUUUGCUGUUUGAUCAUGACAUCUUGAAGUGUGUAUCCACCCUAACGGUCUGUAGCCAAUAACUUGUGUAUGUUAUUACUAAUGAUGCUAUGUUGUAAUUUAUGAGGGUACUAAAUGAAUAGUAAUAAUGAUAUAUGUUGUUAUUAAGAAAGGAAGACUAAACCUGGUUUUCCAGUGCAUCUCACCACUAUGAUCAUACUGGUGCUAUUGUAAGUCAGUGGGUGAUAUUACAGCGUGAUUUUGAAGGGGCCCAGCUCUCACUGAUGGUUGUUUAUUGUAUUCGAUUUCAGUGUCAGAUAAUGUGUGAUAUUUGCAUUGCAUGUUGAAGGAAAUUUUCAGAAUUUCAAGGAAUGUUUAUCAGACUCUUGUCUCUGGACACUGAAAAGUUAACACUGGUGUUUGCUUAGAGAAAAUAAAACCUGGAAUGAAACUAUUUCUCUUCUGCAUAGACUCAAUAUGUUUUAAACGGUUCUUACUUUACUUUUUUUUGUUUGUUUGUUUGUUUUUUAACUGUUUUUGAGCUUAUGCAAGUGUACGGCAUGCAUGCAGCAUUCAGUGAAAUGGUUUCAUUCACCAAUCACUUGCUCUAGCAUUUCUGCAAAUGCGAACAGACCAGUGAUGACAUUUUCUCAGACAGAACCACCAGCAUGAAAAUAUCUGACUUCCUCUAGAGGGUGUGUGAACCUUCCUUUUCAAGAUUGUGUAUUAUAAGAAAUUCUUUGUGUCUAAAGUUGCCACUAGAUGUACUCAGUUACCACUUGAGUUAACCACUUGGAAGCCAAAAGCAGUCAGUGCAAACUUGUGUUGGCAUUGUGAGAGAUUUAAUUCUGCACUCAAGAGUUUUAUAUUCAUUCUGUGUUGUGACUUAGGUCCUCUUAACGACUAGUCAUUCCAUAAAGAUAAUUAUUUAUCUGUUGCGCUUACUCUUUCCAUGUAGCCUGCUCUUGACGUGCUGUGCCAAUAUCGUAUUAUUUUCAGACAUUUAUAUGCAUCUGUUAAAAACUUGAGUAGAUGAUGUAGAUUUUAUUGAUUUGUUUUUCAUUUCUCCACAUUUUUAGACAGUUUUCUAUUUGAAUAUUUUCUGUAUUUCAGUGAUGUGGAGAGCGCCAAACCCUUCUGCCUGCCUGUUGUCUAUUCUGUGUGUGUGCGUGUGUGUGUGCGCGUGUGUGUCAUGUGUCAGAUCAUCGUGAUGGAUAAAUGGUUCUUUAAAAUGAGUUGUUUUACAGUGAAAAUGAGGUCCAGAUUUGAAUAAAUUAAACUCAAACACCA